AUGGAGCAGCGGUUCGAUGAUGUAGCAUUGCAGGAUGAGAUUGAUGAAAAACUUGGAUUUUUGAAAUUCCAAGAAGGACCUGAAAAACUUGGAUGGCUCAUUAAUCAACAUGCAACUAUUGUAAAAGAUGAUGACUGGCCAACAGGAAGAGCAGCUAUUGACUAUUACUUUAUUCAAGAUGACGGAGAGAUGUUUAAAGUCACUGUCAAGUACAGUCCAUACUUUUACAUUGCUUCAAAGGUCGGAAUGGAAUCAGAAGUCGAGGAAUACAUUAGAAGGAAAUUUGAAAGCGUCGUGGAAAAAAUGGUUCGAGUUCAAAAGGAAGAUUUGGACAUGCCAAAUCAUCUUUGCGGGAACACUCGUACAUUCAUCAAACUUGUAUUCAGGAAUGUUCGUGAUCUGUUGUCAGUGCGCAAGGUUUUGCUCCCGGCUGCCAAAGAAAAUCAGUCAAAGAUGUCAGUGCUGGAUACAUAUGCUGAGGUCGUGAGCGCGACGAUGGAUAUGGGACUGGAUAUGGAUGAACCUAUAACGGCUUCGAAAGCAGGAGGAGGCGAUGGAUUGGAACAUAUUGUUGAUAUUCGAGAGUAUGAUGUUCCAUAUACCAUUCGAGUGGCCAUUGACAAAGAUAUCCGUAUUGGUCUUUGGUACAACGUACGAGUUACACCCACAGAUGUAGAGAUCAAACGACAAUUGGACAGAGUGGCACGUGCGGAACCUGUUGUAAUGGCGUUCGAUAUCGAGACUACAAAACUACCGCUCAAAUUCCCCGACGCUACUAUUGACUCUGUGAUGAUGAUUUCGUAUAUGAUUGAUGGUCAGGGUUUCUUGAUCACCAACCGUGAGAUUGUUUCCAAGGACAUUGAUGAUUUUGAAUAUACCCCCAAGCCAGAAUAUGAAGGCUUGUUUACAAUCUUCAAUGAACCCAAUGAGGAGGAAUGUCUACGUCGAUUUUUCCAUCAUUUACAAGAAGCAAAGCCUACGGUGGUCGUCACCUAUAACGGAGACUUUUUCGAUUGGCCAUUCGUAGAAGCAAGAGCAAAAGUUCAUGGAAUUGAUAUGUUCCAUGAAGUUGGCUUCAAAAAAGACUCGGAGGAUGAAUACAAAUCCAAUACUGCCGUACACAUGGACGCACUUCGUUGGGUGAAGCGUGAUUCAUAUUUGCCGAUGGGAAGUCAAGGUCUUAAGGCUGUCACGAAGGCAAAGCUUGGAUAUAAUCCUAUGGAGCUCGAUCCGGAAGAUAUGACACGGUUUGCGAACGAACGACCUCAGACACUCGCACAGUAUUCAGUCUCCGAUGCUGUCGCCACAUAUUAUCUUUAUAUGAAAUAUGUUCAUCCUUUUAUUUUCUCGCUUUGCAACAUCAUUCCUAUGAAUCCAGAUGAGGUUCUUAGAAAGGGUUCUGGAACUCUUUGUGAAACACUGUUGAUGGUCGAAGCUUACCAAGGCAAUAUUAUUAUACCGAACAAACAUGUGGAUCCAUUCAUUAAAAUGUAUGAUGGUCAUUUGUUGGAGAGCGAGACAUAUGUCGGAGGGCACGUAGAGGCUUUAAAGGCAGGCGUUUAUAGGAGCGAUAUCCCAAAUCAAUUCAGUAUUGUUCCAGAGACGGCCCAGCAACUGAUUGACGAUCUGGACGCAGCCCUAAAGUUCAGUAUCGAAGUCGAAGGUCAUCUCAAGAUGGAAGAUAUCCUAAACUAUGAAGAGGUAAAGGCUGCCAUUGCAGGACCUCUAAUGGAUCUGCGGGAUCGUCCAAACCGGACAGAGAAUCCGAGUAUCUAUCAUUUGGAUGUCGCUGCUAUGUAUCCCAAUAUUAUUCUCACUAAUCGACUACAACCAGAUUCGAUCAUCGAAGAAUCUACAUGUGCCUCAUGCGACUUCAACAGAGUUGGAAAGAACUGUGACCGACGGAUGACAUGGUCAUGGCGCGGAGAAUAUUUUCCGGCCAAGAAAAGCGAAUACAACAUGAUCAGGAAUCAACUGGAAUCAGAGCGGUUUCCUGGAAUAAAACCCUGGGAUGAACCACGCGCUUUUCACAGUUUACCAGGAGCAGAACAAGCGGCACUCAUCACUAAACGUAUCACAGAGUACUCAAGAAAAGUUUAUCGCAAGACACAUGAGACCAAAGUGAUGGAGCGAGAGGCUAUCGUGUGUCAGAGAGAGAAUCCAUUCUAUGUCGACACUGUCAAGGCGUUCCGUGAUCGUCGCUAUGAAUACAAGGGCUUGCACAAAACCUGGAAAGGGAACGUAGAUAAGGCUCAAGCCUCUGGAGAUCUUGUCGAGAUUGAGAAUGCGAAAAAGAUGGUCGUCCUGUACGACUCGCUUCAACUGGCUCACAAGUGUAUUCUCAACUCCUUUUAUGGAUAUGUCAUGCGUAAGGGAGCACGAUGGUACUCGAUGGAGAUGGCCGGUAUUGUCUGUUUGACUGGCGCAAGGAUCAUUCAACUGGCACGCAAACUCGUGGAGCAGAUGGGUCAGCCCCUGGAAUUGGAUACGGAUGGUAUCUGGUGUAUCUUCCCACAGACCUUUCCCGAGAACUUUACCUUCAAACUUAAAAAUGGAAAGAAAUUUCCUAUUUCUUAUCCAUGUACCAUGCUGAAUCAUCUAGUUCAUGACAAGUUCACGAACCAUCAGUACCAGAUCCUAAAAAACCCUGAUGAGCACGAGUACGAGACAAUUGAGGAGAACAGCAUCUUCUUUGAAGUUGAUGGACCCUACCAUGCCAUGAUUCUACCAUCUUCCAAGGAGGAGGACAAGCUUUUAAAGAAGCGUUAUGCUGUAUUCAACCAUGAUGGCUCCAUUGCCGAACUUAAGGGAUUUGAGGUGAAGCGUCGUGGUGAGCUCAAAAUGAUCAAGGAUUUCCAGUCGCAACUCUUCAGGGUCUUUUUGGAGGGCUCCAAUCUUGAGGAAUGUUAUGCAGCUGUAGCCAGAGUCGCCAAUCAGUGGCUGGACGUACUUUAUAGUAAAGCUGUUGAUCUGGAAGAGAAUGAACUUUUCGACCUCAUUUCAGAGAACAGAAAUAUGUCAAAGUCACUGGAAGACUAUGGUGCUCAGAAAUCAACCGCCAUCAGUACUGCAAGGCGUCUCGGCGAGUUCUUGGGAGAUCAGAUGGUCAAGGAUAAGGGAUUGAACUGUAAAUUCAUCAUUGCAGCCCAGCCAGCGGGUAGUCCCGUCACCGAGAGAGCCAUUCCAGUCGCCAUUUUUUCUGCGGAACCGGCGGUCAUGAAGUUCUACCUACGAAAAUGGCUUCGCGAUAAUAGUUUACAGGACUUUGAUAUUCGAUCCAUUCUUGAUUGGCAAUAUUACCUGGAGCGAUUCGGAGGCGUUAUCCAGAAGCUGAUCACCAUUCCUGCAGCAAUGCAAAAGAUCCCGAAUCCAGUCCCUCGAGUUCGACAUCCUGACUGGCUCUUCAAGCGUGUCAUGGCGUUGGACGACAAGUUUAAGCAGCAUCGCAUCACAGAUGCCUUCAAGCCUGCGGAGAAAAGACCGUUUGCAGGCGAUAAUGUCACAGAUAUGGAGGACCUAAUAUCAUCUGGUCGUCUAUCUGGAGCACCUACAACGCCAGUGGUUCACAAAAUGAAUGGAAAAGCUGGAAAGGGUAAAGAGAAAAAGACACAACAACAAUUACAACAUCAAAAUACGGAAAAGACGAUCGAAGAAAAAAUACUCGAGCUCGAAUUACCCAAGGAGAUGCCCGACAUGAUGACAGAUUACCAUGGAUUUUUGGCAUACCAAAAGAUUAAAUGGAAGCGGCAGAGGCUUGAAAGAGCUCAACGCAAGGCCCUUGGUCAAUCUCGGGCAAAGGGCGAUGGCUUCCUUUCAGGAUUCAUUAAUCAACAGUCGACCAACAUUUUAACAAAGAUGUGGCAAAUUAUUCAGAUUGUCGAAACCGAUAUCCCAGGCGAGUUCAGGCUCUGGGUAUUGAUCGAUAAAAAUCUACACUCUAUCAGACUUUCUAUUCCUCGUAUCUUUUAUGUCAACAGCCGAGUAGAGGACAGCAAUAGUGAAGCGAGAAUGUUCCCGAAGCAGAAGCUGGUCCGGACAUUACCAAGAGCUCACCCUUGUUUACAUUUGUAUCAGUUUACAAUGCCAGAAAGUUUGUAUCAACGAGAAUCCAAGAAUUUGUCAAGUUUCUUUAGUCAUCCGGAUGUGGAAGGCGUGUACGAGACUCAGCUUCCGCUCCUCUACCGUGCCAUUAUCAAUUUAAGCUGUGUUUGUUCGGUUGGCGGCCGAUCAGUGCGAGCGCUAGACGAAGGGUUUGAGUUGGCAGAUCUCAAGCCAGAAAAUAUGGACAAGAUGCCAUAUCUACAGGACGAUCAGGCGCUCAACUAUCUGUAUUUGUAUCAUGCAACAACGGACACACGACAUUUGUUUGCGCUCUUUGCGUCUACUCACAGUAAGGUCUAUGUCUUUGUGGUGGAUGCACCAGGUCAGCGUGGACAAAUGCCCAACAUGGCGAGAACCUAUGAAGCUGUCAAAGCGGAGAUUGACCGUAUGCCAGCUGAGACUCGGAGGACUAACAAAGUAUGGCAGUACUUUCAAGAGCUUCAGUUUGAUAUCAAUUAUGUCACGAAUGAAAAGGAGGCAUUCCGAGAAGUGGCAAAGUGUUUGAGCAAGUACCAGGAUGAACGUCGUGGAGCAACAGCCGUGAUCUUGCAUUCACCCAGGGCGAAACAAAAACUGAUUGAUAAUAUGAGUAUCCUCAGAGACUUCCCUCUGAUUUCGAUGCCGUGCUCCAAAAGUACAAAGCCUUUCCAGGCCCUGGCAUGGCAGAGCAAUGCAACUAAGCGAAUGCUGGCACAAUUCUUGACAGUUGGAGGGUGGAUGACAGAGCAGAUUGCACUGGCGCGUUAUGCAGAUGUACCUGUAUGUAACAUUGAGCAGGAUUCGCCAAUCUUUGUGACGGAUGUGUUACUGGCACGUCAGCUGGUGCGUCAUGAUAUGCUACUGUGGUGGUCUCCUUCCAGUAAACCUGACCUUGGAGGGCGUGAGGAUGACGAGAAUGUGUCCGGUACAGAGGAUUUGCAAGAUCCAAACAUUAAUGUGCCAGGCCACUACGAGACUGUCUGCUUGGAGAUGGAUAUGCUGCAUUUGGCAGUCAAUACAUUGUUGCAAUCAAGUCAAAUCAAUGAACUCGAAGGUGGAACCGAUACUACGCUCGACGCAUCACAUACCUUGGAUGAUUAUAGCGCAGGCAAGGUUUCGAAUGUGAUUUCAUUUGGCACAGGAACUGCAUCAUCACAAGCAUUUGCGAUUAUCAGGCACAUGGUUCGAGGCUGGGCAGUCGAUCUGGCAGAAACACGUAAUAUGUUUUCAGAGAGUAUGGUGGGACAUUUUCAUCGAUGGCUGACCAGCCCUAGUUCCAAGUUGUAUGAUCCUUGUAUGUAUGCGCUUGUUCAUGGUCUGAUGAAGAAGGUGUUCUUCCAGGUUGUGGCGGAAUUUAAGAGACUUGGAUCAAGGGUGAUCUUGGGCAACUUUAACAAGUUGAUCAUUGUGACGACCAAGGCCUCGGUUGGAAAUGCAUAUGCAUAUUGCAGCUGGAUUGUUCGGCAUAUUCAAUCCAAACCGUUGUUUAUGACCAUUGACUUGAUUCCAGUCACAUAUUGGGAACAAUUACUCUGGAUGGAUUCUGCCAACUUUGGAGGGAUUGUUUGUCCUAAUCCGCAUGAAGUUCAAGAACAAGACCAGCCUACGUUGUUGACACAAGUCAGUCGCGAUAUUGAUAUGCAAUGGAAUAUCCAGCAAUAUCUGCCCAUAGCUUUACAUCCAGAGUUUAUUGCAACCGUAGGAGAGUUUAUAGAUCAGGUGUACAAGUUCCGACAUCAAAAGCAGCUUGCGAAGCCUAAGCUUACCAAUGGAAAUACGGAGAAUGACGAUGGAGAUUAUGAGGAAAAUACUACAGCAGUCCUCACUUCUGCAGCAGCGACCAAAGCUGACAAGAAGAAUGUUGAAGUGGUAGCAUUUAAAAAGAAGUUGGUCUCACAACACUUAACGCGUCGACUCCUCAAGGUGUUCCCCGAGAUUUUGAUGAAGAAGAGAGAAUCACUCAAGGAUCCUCAAUUGGCAUUUACCUUUGCGUUCCCUCGUCAACCUGGAUCCUAUUUAGAGAUGACGAAUGCUCCCUUGGAGUUGAUCAAAUCUAUGACAGCGGUUCUGGGAAUCGAUACAUCGAUUGAACGUGAGGUCCGGGUGUUACGUAAGAACUUGUUGGAUUUGAUCGAGAUCCGCGAAUUCUCACCCGAGUCCAUUUUCCAGAAUCCCUGUGAAAGCUUUGUGUUACGGGGCGUGAUUUGUUCGUAUUGUAGUUACUGUCAAGAUUUGGACUUUUGUCGUGAUCCUCGACUCUUACCACGGAUUAAGAAGGAUACAGGAGAGGUAGUGCUGAGUGCAUGGAAGUGUCGAGAGUGUAAGGAAGAAUAUGAUCGGGAUGCGAUUGAAGAAUCGAUGGUGGUGAUUGUGGAACGGAUGACGGCUCAAUAUCAAGCACAGGAUCUGAAGUGUCUGAAAUGUCGUCGAGUGAAGGUGGAUUUCUUGAGCGAAUGGUGUGAAUGCUCAGGCGAGUUUGUGACAGCGAUGAGCCGUGCAGAGUAUUUGCGAAAGAUGAAGGUGUUUGACAACAUUGCAGAGUUUUAUGGUCUUCCUUUGUUAAGGGAGGUCAUCUCUUGGACACUUUCUAAAUAA